AUGUGGGGGGAAAGCGAUAAGUAUGGAUCUUUGCCACCCUUCAGAGCUCCAUGGCUUGAUCAAUCAAUGAUAGAUGAUGAGGCCAAUGAGCUGGAUUACUUGGUGGGCAAGGGACAUUUCAUAGACAGCCGGAAUCUAAAUGGCCUCCAGGUUGUGUAUGAUUAUGUUGACCAGUUGUUCCAACUGUCCACAACCCAACAAGCCUUCAUCAAUGACCAGAAGUGCUUCAAUGAGCUAUUGGACGGAUCGCUGAGGCUCUUGGAUUUGUGCAACGCAGCCAAGGAUGGCUUGUCCCAGAUGAAAGAGUCUGUUGCCGAGCUUCAAUCUGCUAUUCGCAGAAGGCAAGGAGGAUUGGAAGGUGAAACCAGAAGAUACCUCAAGUCUAUGAACAUUGUGAGGAAAGAAAUCCAGAAGGUCUUGAAGGGUAUGAACAACAAGAAGUCUGCCUCAUCAGACAACAAUGAGACUAUCUCCAUGUUGAAGGAAGCUCAAUCUGCUGUUGUUGAGGUUCUAGAGUGCUUGUUGUCAUUCAUUUCUCAAACAAGCUCAAAACCAGGCAGCUGGUCACUAUUUAAAAGGGCGGCAGCAGGAUCAGCAAGUGAGAAUGAGUUUGCAGAGGUGGAUGCGUCGUUGAAGAUGAACAAAUCUAGUGAAGAGGUUCAAGUUCAACUCAAGAACUUGCAGCCAUGCAUUCAAGAUCUUGAGGAAGGAGUUGAGUGCCUGUUCAGGCGUUUGAUCAAAACAAGAGCCUCCAUUCUCAAUAUCCACCAUCUGUAG